CGGGGUGUGGGUGUGGGUGUGGGUGUGGGUGUGGGUGUGGGUGUGGGUGUGGGUGUGGGUCUGUGGGUGUGGGUGUGGGUCUGUGGGUGUGGGUGGUGUGGGUGCGGGUGUGAGUGGGUAUGAAAGUUGAUAUCUCAUCAAUAAUACGCCCAUAGCCACAGCAACACCCACCCCCACCCCCACCCCCCACACCCAUACCGACACCCCAUACACCCACACCCUAGUCUUUGAAGAUAUAUUAUUAAAUAUAAUUUUCUAAUUGACAUAGAAUUUCCUAAAGCGAAAAAUAAAAUUUCCAUCUCUGUAUGACUUAUAAUAUAUUAAAAUCGAUCGAAAAUCGAUAUGUCUUUUUCUCUUUAAGUCAUUAAAUAUAUUUUAUCUUUAUGUGAAAAUAGUGAUCCACAUUUAUGUGCUGCAUAUGCAAAUUUACUUGCUGAAUUAAUUCAUACAAUAGUUCAUCUUUUAACACUAUCAUCAUUAUCAAAUUCAAUUAACAUUUCUUUUAUUAUUCAAUUUUUACUUGUAUCAAAUGAUGAACAAGAUAGUUCAAGAUCAGGCUAG